AUGAAAUACAGUGACCAAUUAAUAGAAGAGUACAAAGAAUUAUGGUUAACAGCGACAUCUAAUGAGCUUACUAGAGAAUGGUGCCAGGGAACUCUCCACCUGAGCAAAUUAUACGUUUACUUGACACAAGACUUAAAGUAUUUUGGGGAUGGAUUUCGACUUUUAGGCAAAACCAUUUCGUUAUGUCGCCGUAGGCAAUCGCUUGUGUCAUUAGGCAAACAUGUGGGGAUGCUCAGUAAUAGUGAGAACACGUACUUCGUGGAUUGUAUUAACGAUCUUACUGAACAGUUAUUAAGAGAUGGGAUGUACAAUGCUGAAGAAUUAGAAGAAAUCAGUGGUUUAACGUUACCUGCCGUGGAAAGGUACCUUUUAUUCAUGAGAUCGAUGGUAGAGUCUUCUACAAUAACUUAUGCAGAAAUGAUUACUGUGAUGUUUGUAAUGGAACAAGUCUAUCUGGAUUGGUCAAAUAAUGGACUGAGAAGUAAACCUGACAACUUGCAUUGGUGGUUCAAUGAAUGGAUUGAUAUACAUAGUGGGGAGAACUUUGAAAGCUGGUGCCAGUUUUUAAAGGAUGAGGUAGACCGCUGUAUACAGGAGUUGAAGGAUGCUAAUAGAGAUGAUCUCGUGGCGAGGGUUGAGGAGAUUUUUAGAGAAACAUUAGAACUUGAAGUCGAAUUCUUUAAAAGUUGUUACGAUAUCACGGACGAUGAAUGA